CAUAGAUCACGUCUCAACACGUUGGAAGCAUUGUCCUUGACGUGUCAUUAGGUUGUCAUUCGGUUACUUGCCCUCCAUCUACCGACGUUGUAGUCGCCCUGGGACGAAAAUGUCUUCAGCCUUUCGACAUCACAGAGAAUUGAUUGACUGCACUGGUCGGAAAUGGCUCAGACUCAGCGCGUUAGGCGCAUCAGAAACGUACACGAAUCCAGCGCCUUAACGUAUGGUCAUUUCGGAAGCGCGACAUAUGAUGACAACAAUCAUAGCUGGGAAUUCUUACGGAACGACAUCUCUUCGAACCCUGCUGGCAGAGGAUCAGAAGUUUCAUCCCAAGCAGCGCUCUUGAUCGACCAGAAAAGGUGGUCUCUGGAUGAGAUCGUCGCUAGAUCCAGUCCAUGCCCUAAUUUGUCUUUUACAUCGGCUCAGAGGAGAUUGUUACUUCGAAAUGUCCCCGAGGCGGCACUUGUGUCAAAGAGAGAGAUUCUUGAAAGUCUACCUCCCGAUUCCAAAGCCAGAGACCUCUCUUCGAUUUCUGGAAAUGUCCUCGACUUUGGAUAUGCCAGACAUAGUCGAGACCACAGCUAUGGUGUUGUGUAUGAACCAAUUCUGGCAAUCAGAUGUGGCAAAACAUUCGAGAAGGUUCACUUUUUCCGUUUCGAAAGAGGCAAUGUCACACUACCAGCAGAUGAUGGAGACCAGGCAGAAUUGCAAUUCCCGUCAGCGCGUCGAUCAUCAUCUGGCCAGUGGGCCACAUCUGGAGUUUGCGUGGAGCAGACAUCCUUUGACAUGGCCAAAUCCAGAGAUCAGAUGCUGAUUCGCGACUCCACUGGGACGAGCAUUUUCCGGCCGCUGAUGAAAGAUCGCGUUGAUCUGCAAGACAAACCCACCCGCUCCCCUUUGGUCUUGCCAAAUCUUUUGGUGACAAUUCCAUGUUCUGAGACCGGGGGUAUGCCCCAUGCGGAUGCAGCAUUCUGCCCCACAGAUCGCAACUGUCUAGCUCUAGUUGAUACUGCAGGCAAUUGGAGCAUCUGGAGGGUGAAGAAGGGCAGGCAAUUUCCAAUCAGGGUGAACUGCCGCGCCCAUCUUCUUAGCAAAGGUGACAUGCAUCUCGCGCAGGCUCAGGACACAGAUCGACCUUGGAAGCAAGCUACUGAAGGGUGGCAUGCUCUCAGCUGGCUGUUAAGCUCAGAUGGAAUUGCUGAUCGGAUUCUUGUCUGCUCUCGUACAACAGCUUGUGUGUUUCGUAUCAACGAAGUCUCCCUUGGGGAAGUCAACACGAGAUUGGGCCCUCCCUCGGAUGGCAACCAGAUCCUCCAGGUGAAGCAAGGACUACUGAGGAGACACCACGUCUACAUGUUGACGUCGAGUCGUUUGCUCAUUUUCGACUCCACUCUGGGACAGAACAAUGUCAACGCGACGGAGGAGGCGUUGGUCAUGAUAUGCUCUUGGAACCACUUUCGGCAUUCGCUUGAUCUUGGUCUCCGCAUGAGCAUCGUGGAGACAAGCCAAUAUUCUGGGGUCCUACUUUAUUCGAACACGAAUUCAUUCGUCACCAUGUAUCAAUUUUACCAUGAAUCAUUGCCAGGUGACCGUCUGAGAUCCAGCAAUCCGGCGAUAUUUGAGCUGCCGGACUCUCUGACUCGAGGCGACUCUCCGAUCGAGAAUAUUCACCUCUGGCCGAUAGGCUCUCCCACUCCUUUGGACUCUCGAGAUUACCUCAAAUUGGUUGCUCUUACAGCAAAUGGAACGGUGGUCGAAGCCGUAUACAGUAUCAAGACGUUGGCAAAAGCACAUUCUGCUUCUCCGCUGGACAUGAGUUUGCUAACGCCUACUCUUCCUACCUCCGAGCACCAAUAUCGCAGCUCCAGAUUUGUCAACGACGACAUGAUUGGAGACUUUAUUGUGGAGGAUGAUAUAGUUGAUAGAUCUUCCAAAAUUCUCGAUAUGGGGGGAGUGGAUAAUAGCCCAAUCGAUCCUGCCUACAGCUCAAGAAUUCGACAAUGGGAUGGCCUAUCGAAUCACCCCGAAUUGCUUGCAGGAGAAAACUCUCGGCUGGCCAUACAAGAUGCGCAGGAUAGACUCUUACAUCGCCUCGACAACCUGACAAUAACAGACCAAAAUCUCCGAGUGGAGAUACUGGGAGAUAUUUUACAGCAUCCUCAGAUUGUGGACAUUGAGGCGGAUAGCCAAGAAUUUCCUGUGUGGCUCGAAAGCCACUGUGAUGUUCGUGGGUUACGGAGACGAAGUGCGCUUUCUGGAAGCGGAGCAACGAAGAGCCCAGAGCUGCUCCUGGUCUACGAUCAUUGCCUGCUGCUCUAUGUCCAUUCUCUUUCGGCUAACGCGACUGACCGCAAUCGGGUGGUGCGUGAGAGGAUGACUAGACAGAUUGCAGCAGACAUGGUGUUUGGCGGCAUAGUACUCAGCCCACGGGUGUUGGAGGGGACUAUAAAGCAGCAGGCAUCUAAUGACGCUGAUGCGGACAAAGCCUACUUGGCCGGACAAGGAUCUAGUUCACAGGCUCAAGAACCUGUGAUCGAGAAUGGCCAAGUGUCGAGAGACCUUGCACUGUCACGGCUGGACAAAUAUACGACAUUCAAACGGAAAUCCCACGCAACAGCAACACCACUGUCCAUAUCGGCAUCGGUAAUUCUAGGUCACUUACCAGAGUCGAUUGAUGAGAACCCAGACCUGUAUUCCUACGAGAAGCGGAAUAACGAGCUUCGCAUUGAGCGAGACGAAGCGGCCGUACUGUCGUUGGAUAUGCGAGAGCAAAGGCGAUUGGCCAAGGUGGCAAGCAAGCGACAAAGGGCCUUGGAGAGACAAGCGCUACUGUCCCAGAGCAUUCAUCAGCAACGACAAAUGUUGCCAGCAGUGAUCAAGUCUCGUGUACCCGCUUUGCCCUUGAGAGACUUUCAAAGCAGUCAGCCAGCUAUGCCAGAGUCUAGCCAGGGUCAAAGCCAGGUUGAAGUUCCUGGCAUCAGCAUGACACAGCCUGAACCAGGUGCAUUUGGAGUGAGACCUGUCAAACCAAAAGGAAAAGGUAAAAAGGUGGCCCGCGUUCAAGGAUUCUAAGACCUGCACAAGGUCUUACGGAUGUACCAUUUUAGGGUGGAUGGGAGAUAAGAUUAGAUUCCCCGGAUUUUGAGAUUCUCCAGUUUCCGAACGGUGGAAGUGUGGAAGGGGAAGGUGCUGCAGACUUGUUGUUGCAGUUGUGGGUCGUGGCGGCAGUGGCGGGCCCAGAUGUGCAGUUGCUGGCCUGUGAGAGCCGUGAAACUGUGACUACGAGUGCGGGGAAGGAAGCACCUGAUUGUCGCGUGAGGAGUCGAGUCUCCAGUCACCCUGUCACCCCAGGUACCUAGGUGCCUUGUUACACUACCCAGUGACCCAUUUCACUAUGGAGAAGCCCUGUAUGUACCUCAAGUGGAGCCUGACGAAUGCCUUUCAGAACUGGGCGUGCACUACAGACUGCGUGACUGCAUGGACUGCGUGGUCCUGGUAACGUGAUGAUGCAUUGCGUGAAUUGAGAGC